UAUUGUGUUAAAUUGACGUAAACUGGGCGGUCAGAAUUUUGCAUCUUAACGUCGACAUCUAAUUUUAAAAAUGACUAAUUAUUCGGAAAUUUUUAAGAAAGUUUUUAGCGAUAUUGGCCAACGCUCAGCAUAUUCGCAGAUGCUUAUUGGCGUCUCAUCAGGAUGGGUCACAGGAUAUACAACUAUGAAGAUUGGCAAAUUUGCUGCCUUUGCAGUUGGCGGCAGCAUAAUUUUGCUCGAAAUCGCCCACCAGGAAGGACUUGUAAAAAUAAAUUGGUCUAAGUUGGAUAAGAGCGUGGAUAAGCUCGCCGACAAAGUGGAAGCCUCGCUGGGUCGUGAGAAGAACUGGAAGGAUAAGACCGAAAGAUAUGUCGACAAUCAAUUAGACAGAGCGGAAAGCCUCCUAACCCGAAACGGCAAGAAAGUGGCGAAAUGGUACACCAAACUGAUUGGCGAUGAGGAGGGUCCAAAAGUCAACGAUCUGCACAUAUUUUUGGCAUCAUUUUUCGGUGGCGUUGCCCUGGGCAUAGCUACUGGAUAAAAGAAUUGUCCGAGUGGCACAACAAAAUAUUUAAAUACCAUAUGGUUAUUACGAACAAAUCUCACUUAAUAAAGUUACGAAAAAGGUAAUAUAAUCGAAAA